UCCAAAUGCACCGCAGUUUUCAUCUUUUUUUGCAGCUUGAAACCUGAGUGGAGAUUUGAAGAAAACUGGAUUGGAUCACCAAGUUUCUUUCACAGGACCGUCUGGACAGUGUACCACUCUAUGAUGAAUUCUUCCAAACCUGCCUAUUUAGAUUACUUUGGCAGAAUCCAUGGAAUUCUACUGUAUAAAGAAUUUAUCCAAUAUUGGCAUGAUGUGGAGGCAUUUGAGGCAAGGCCAGAUGACCUUGUCAUUGUCACCUAUCCCAAAUCUGGCACAACAUGGGUUAGUGAAAUUGUAUACAUGAUUUAUACAGAGGGUGAUGUGGAAAAGUGCAAAGAAGAUGCCAUUUUUAAUCGAAUUCCUUACCUGGAAUGCAGAACCGAAAAGGUGAUGAAUGGAGUAAAACAAUUAAAACAGAUGGCAUCUCCUAGAAUAGUGAAGUCUCAUCUGCCACCUGAGCUUCUUCCAGCCUCAUUUUGGGAAAAGAACUGUAAGAUCAUCUAUGUUUGCCGGAAUGCCAAGGAUGUGGUUGUUUCUUAUUAUUAUUUCUUUUUAAUGGUGACUGCUAAUCCAGAUCCUGGUUCUUUUCAAGAUUUUGUGGAAAAAUUCAUGGAUGGAGAAGUUCCUUAUGGUUCCUGGUAUGAACACACAAAAUCUUGGUGGGAAAAGAGAGAGAAUCCACAAGUGCUAUUUCUUUUCUAUGAAGACAUGAAGGAGAAUAUCAGAAAAGAGGUGAUGAAAUUGAUAGAAUUUCUGGGAAGGAAGGCAUCAGAUGAGCUUGUGGACAAGAUUAUAAAACACACUUCAUUCCAGGAGAUGAAGAACAAUCCAUCUACCAAUUACACAAUGCUACCAGAUGAAGUCAUGAACCAAAAAGUGUCUCCCUUCAUGAGAAAGGGGAUUGCAGGAGACUGGAAGAAUUAUUUUACAGUAGCCCUAAAUGAGAAAUUUGACAUGCACUAUGAGCAGCAAAUGAAGGGGUCUACACUGAAGUUACGAACCGAGAUCUAG